CCCCACUCUCUCUGUCUUGUUAUCGUGUGGUACAUUCUUCAAAACUAUUUUGUGGUUAUGUAUUGCAUUUAAUAAUCACAAAGUAAGAACAAUUUUAUAAGUGUGAAAAAUGUUACGAAUGUUGGUAUUAAGGUGUUUAGGUAAACAAAGACAUUUUUCACAAGCACCAAAGCUAACUCCUGGGAUUGUAAACACCUCUCAAGAAGACAAUAAAACAAAUGUAGAGAAGCCAGUUUUGAAAAAUAAAAACAAGCUUGUUUCAAAAGCUUUUGAGAAAUUAAAGACUUUACAUCCUAUUGAAGUAAAUGACUCUAUUAUGAAAAGUAUCGUGGAAGCAACUAACUUAGAUGAUCUUUUGUCCGUAGUGCUGACAAAAAAACUCACCAGAAAUCACUCUCUGAAGUUGGUGUCAGUUCUUGCAGACUGGACAUCAGAGGGCAAAAUAAAGACAAGUGAAUUCGAGAAUGAUCUAAGGUUUGCCAUGGCAUGUCGCACUCUAGGCAGCCUUUCUGAGACAACUGAUACCACAACCAAGGAAGCACUUGACAAAAUUAAUGCAGACCUGAGCACUGUUCUGGGAGUCGCUAGUGAUGAUCAGGCUGCAAAACUUAUCUCAAAUAUUAGCCUCGAUCAGAUGAUUAAGGUACUUUCAUCUUUAGCGGCAAAGAAAAGAAGGUCAACUCCUCUCCUGAGGUCCUUGGCUUACAAUAUUUCAGGCAGUAUGGAGAAGCUGAAUAUCAAGCAAGGAGCUGAUGCGUUGUAUGCAUUAGCAUCAUUAAGUUUUCACAAUGAGAUGCUUGUGGAAAAAAUCUGCCUGGAUCUGUGGGAUUGCCUGAGGUCAAACAAGAAGCGAGCAGUGGUUGGUUCUAUCAUAACUAGCUUGGGUCUCCUCAGAUACAAGAAUUUAGAGAUAUUGGAUCUACUGAGUGAAUGGGUUGAGAAACAUAUAGAUGUUUGUGUUUCUCAGGAUCUCAUAUCCUUAGUCAUGACACUAGCUGUGGUACAUCACAUUCCUGAAAAUCAGGAAGCACUCUUCCCUCUGAUCCUAGACAGAUUGCAAGCCAGUGGUGUACCUAACCCUCAAGACUGGCUAGACUUUGUAUGGGCUCUAAAUGUUCUCAAAAAGGAAACUCCAGACCUUGUGGCUUCUGUUUUAUCUCCUGAGUUCUUGGAUAAGAUAAGGACAAUAAACACAGGUGUAUUGCCAGUACCUACAAAGCUGAAAUUACUUAACAUCAAUGGAGUUGCUCAACUUAGGCUAAUAGAUUAUAAAGGUCCUCUCUUAGACCUGACGUCAAAAGAAUGGAAAUUUGAUAUACUGAGAUCUAAGGAGAAGCAAACACUUGUAACAACAGUACAAGAAACCUUGUUGUACAUGCUGCCAUCUGCAAUGUACUUGGGAACCAACAUGAACAUAGACAUGGGCUUCCUUAUAGCUGGUGAAUGUAUUGUGAACUCCAAAAUGACACCCCUGCCAUUAUUCGACAAGAAUAAUACUCCCAUAGAUAGAUCAAGUCAUAAUGUGCAAAAGGGAAUCAAGGUGGCAUUCGUGGCAUUGGACUACCAUGACAUGACGAGAGGUCAGCGGGAUCUAACAGGCAUCAAUGUAUUGUGUACGGAUUUAAUAAGACUGAAGGGCUACAAAGUGGCGACUAUCGACUUUCUCGAAAUCAGUCCUCGCAGUUCUCUGGUCGACAGAGCCAAAGUCGUGAACCAGAAGCUCAUGUCUGCUAUUGGAUCCAGUUAGCUUUCCUUUAGCUCAUAGUAGAUUUUAUUUAAUAUAAUUUAAAUUUUGUGAUGCCUAA